CCUCUCCUCUCCUGCACCUCAAGCCAAAAUGCCCCCAUCAACCCCCCUCGAGAAAGCAAACCGCCUAAUCGACUGUCUCGAGCAGCACGGCCAAGGCGACUAUAUAGGUGAAUCAAUUAGCCAGCUCGAACACUCCCUCCAAGCCGCCCACCGAGCAAAGAAAGCAGGAGCAACGGACGACCUCAUGCUCGCCGCCCUCCUCCACGACAUCGGCCGAAUCAUCCCCCUCGACUCAACCCGCGAGAUCAAACUCCGCAUGCAGACGAACAACAACAACCAGUCCGUCGGCCGCAUCGGCCACGAGACACUAGGCGCGGAGUACGGCGAGACAGUCUGCAGAUUAGUAGGGAGCCAUGUCCCUGCGAAGCGAUAUCUCACUGCAGUAGAUAGCGCGUACUACGAUUCACUGUCUGCUGCGUCGAAGAUGUCGCUUGAGGUCCAGGGGGGUCCGUUUAGCGGGGCGGAGCUGGCGGCCUUUGAGGCGGAUCCGCUGCGCGAGGUGAUGGUCUUGUUGAGGCUUUGGGAUGAUAGAGCCAAAGUUCCGGGGAUUGAGGGUUUGACGCCGCGGGCGGGGAGUAUCUAGGGAUGGUUGUGGGGCAUUUGGAGAGGGAGGCAGGAGCUGACUAGCUGGACA